AUGCUUCCCUUCAUCCUCCUCGCCCUAGCGGCUCUCUCCCUCAUUUCGGCUGCGCCGACACUGGUCCAUCCUCUACAGGACCAGCUCCCUCCCGUCGCCCGAGUCGGUCGGCCAUUCGUUUUCGACCUCCUCCCCACUUCCUUCAACUCUACCGACUCCAUCACCCUCUCUACCUCCAGCCUUCCCGCAUGGCUCAACUUCAACCCAGGCGCAAGGACAUUCUCGGGGACGCCGGCGGCAGGGGAUAUAGGACAGAGGGAUAUCACGGUCACUGCAACGGAUACGACCGGUUCCACCACCUCUGUCUGGCGUGUCAUCAUUACCAACUUUCUCUCCCCCGAGGUCCACUCUGGUUUCACCUCUCAAAUCGCCGAUCCCUCCCAGCGCACAUUCGCCUCGGUCACCCCUCUCCCCAAUAACACUGGCGUCCAGGUCCCGCCCUACUGGUCAUUCUCGCUCGGAUGGGCAGCGGAUACCUUCCGCCUGUCGCGUAACGGAUCGACCAACGGCCAGCUCUUUGUCGCCGCCCGUGUCCGUUACACCUCCUCCCUCCCCUCCUGGCUCACCUUCAACAAUGAGACCAUGACAUUCAGCGGCGUCGCGCCCGCUACGGGUAGCUAUCCCAUCGUCGUGACCGGGACGGACUUUUGGGGAUACACUGCCGCUCAGUCGAGCUUUGUCAUUCAGGUGGGCGACUCGCGCGCGUUGGAGUUGCUGGGGUAUACGAUCGGGCGGACGAGCAGCGUCGCGAGGGGGAAUGUGCGCGCGACAGUGGAUCUGGCGAACGUGACGUUGGGAGGCGCGGCGGUGCAGCCGGGGCAGGUCAGCUUGGCAGUGGGCGGAACGAGCUGGUCAUGGUUGUCGAUUGACAGCUCAAAUGUCAUCUCUGGCAUCGUGCCGGACAGGUAUAUCAACGGUACCACCUCGGCGCUAUCGGUCCCCCUCAUCCUCUCCGCGACCGGCGCGACCGCUUUGCCGGCGACAUACCAGAUCGAGAUCCUCCCUUACCCCUUCACGACCUUUUCCCUCCCCAAUCAGACCGCCACGCCUGGCGCGCCAUACUCGCUCAAUCUCCUCCCGUACCUUCGGAGCCGCGAUACCACCAUCAACGCCAGCACCGUCCCCGCCGAGGCUGCCCAAUGGCUCGUCUUCAACCAGCAGGACCUCUCACUGACGGGAACACCGCCGUCCAGCCCCAGCUAUGGCGUCGUCAAUAUCGAUCUGACCGGGGCUAGAGGCGCUGCGACUGGAACCACCAGUCUCCGCCUCGCUCUUGCUGGCGUGGCGACCACGGGCGCGCCAAGCGGAACAUCGGCGGCGGUACCUACUCCUACCGGCUCGACCAGCGGGAACGGCAACUCGAGCGGUGGUCUCUCGCAAGGCGCAAAGAUCGGUCUUGGCGUCGGACUCGGUCUCCUCGCUCUGCUCCUCCUUCUCCUGCUCCUCUUCUGCUGUUGCAGGCGCCGGAAGAGGAAGGACGACGAUGAUGGCAAGAAGGACAAUGAUGGCGACUCAUUCGUCGCUGGACCCCGGUCUCCGGCCAACGACCCCUUCCGCCGCUCUCAAAACAUGGACGGCGGACCACGAAACAUCCUCGCUAGCCUCUGGAAAUCGCCCGAUGCCAACAUGACGUCUCCGCGGCCCACAGCUCACUCAUUCGAGACCAACCAGACGUACGUCGAGAAGCCACAGCGGGUAGACGGACUCAAGGGGAUCUUUGGAUGGGGCGGAGCGGCGGUGGGUGAAAAGGAGGCAGACAAGCCAGAAUACAAUAUCCAUGCCGUCGCUACUCCUCAACUCCCUCGGCGGUCCAGCAGCUUCAUGGCCAACGGGGACGUGAUUGGGAUCAGCGACCCUAUCGGCCGGCCUAGUCAUGAUCGGGCCAGCUCCUUCACCCAGAGCUUCGGAUCGAGCGGGGACAGUCGCGCGAGCUGGGAGAGUCAGCGCUCAUUCCAGUGGAGCUCGGCGGAAGGCGGUGCGCUCGGAAGUCCCCAGGGACCCAACCGGCUCUCAGCGGCCAACAGCAUCCCUCGUCCUCGCGAGAACUUUACACCUCGGUAUCCACGCGCUAACUCGCCUACCGUACUCAACAGGCUGACGUCGGGUGUGCCUGUCGAGGACUCGCCCAAGUUUUCAGAGUUUGGGACGGGGUUAGAGGAGCAUGAUGGGGAGGGGUUCAGCCGGGAGUCGCUGGCGAGGGAUGGGGACGAUAGUUACCCAGACUCAUUCUUCCCGUCUGGUCCGUCGGGCUUGAACCGGUUUGGCGAGUCGACCGAUUUCCGGUCGGACGACGAGGAUGAGGGAACGGAUCACGAGGGCCCGGCGGUUGUGGGUGUGGCGGAGAGGCAGUCGUUUGAGACCCGUCGGCCGAGCACGAAGCGGCCCGGACCGCGUCUCAGGCCAAGCAAGGAGCGCAUUACCUCCCCAUCUGUCGCGGCGGCCAACCCUCGGUCGAGCCAGGCGCUGGACGGGGAUGCGAGCGGGGCGUUUGACGAUGCGGACGAGCAGAGGCGGCGGUCUGGUGUUGGGAGCAGGGAGACGCAGGGGUUGGGGUAUCCCGCUUCAGCCAUCUUCUUUGCCUCGCCCAACCCCAAUAACCGGAUCAGCCAGGCCGAGUCGGAUCGACCACCCUCCACUAUCCAGGCGGUCUCGCAUCAACAUCCCAUGUCUCCCCCUCUUCCCUCAGUCGGCUCAUUCGUCAGACCACGCAUCACCUCGCUCGGCCGUCCCCCAUCCCUCGCUCGUCCACUCUCCGGCACCCCACCCCAAGUGGCCAGCGCGAGCCCCGCCUACUCGCGCUCCAAGACAGACAGCAUCAUCCCGGAAGGUCGCGCGACGGCACUGGCCAACGAGACCUUCUCGAUCCAUCCCCAGAUCCACCCCCCACCUACCGUCUCCCUCUCGGCCGCGACGUGGUCGUCCACUCCACCCUCGACGUACCGCGCCGAAGUCAUCGGCGGGGGCCAGCUCCCCGCGUGGCUGCACUUUGACAACCGCGAGCUGGAGCUGUGGGGUGUGCCGGCGAUGCAGCAUGUGGGGGAGACGACGUCCAUCCGGAUCGUGGAAAAGAUGCCGAGGGACGGGCGGAAUAGUAAUCCGAUGGCGUACGGGUAUGUGCCGCCGCAAGAGCGAGAGGUCGGGAGGGUGACUAUAGAUGUGACGGAUAGAAUCAGGAGUCCGCAGUUUGGCCUCGAGGCUAGUCCUCAUGCUUUAUAG